CUGCAUUGCUAUUAGCACAAUUGCUGAUACGUUUAUUGUAACAAUUCCUCAGCGUUUCCCACGAUGUUGGGAUUGACCAGUAUUGUUGUCCUGCUUUCGGUUACUUUAGCUUCGUCUCAACCAGUAGAUAUAAAUGCCCAGAAGGGUCAAUACUGGGGCGAGAAGGGCCUCGCAAACCCUUCUCGCAGGCUACGUGAAAUAGCAGAUUUCGCGCUGCUUUACUUCAACGCAACUACUGAAUUUCGCGCGGUGCUGUUAUUCACUAUUGCAACCCCAGCAAGCAAGGAUAAUGUCUUACCACGCCUUUUGGAGAACUUGGCGUCCUUCAAAUCUCAUGAUCAAGUGGAUACGAACGGGAAUGACGCUACUAGCCUUGCGGAGCAUACUAUUGUUGGGACAACGAAUAUGGACACGCAACAUGCCUGUGAUAAGCUAGCUGAGAAGCACCGUCAGAAAUGCUAUGAGCUGGAUCACGGUUUCAACCAGGGAGCGCAGGGCCUGUUGUCAGCCGCCAACAGCAAGGUGCACGCCUACUCGGUGGGGCUCAGCCGCAUCAAGGCGCUCAUCGACCUCAUCUCAAUGGGCUACGACGUCCUCUACUUCGACCUGCACCACUACUUCUUCCAGAACCCGCUCAAGUACAUGUACUCCCACACGCGCGCCCCCCUGGUGGUCUCCGGCACCCCCUCCAGCGGCUGCCGGCAGCUGCAGUCCGGCCCCGACGGCUCCCUGCCCGACGACCACCACCGGCUGGACAUUGCCUUCAUGCGCAGCGGCCCCGCCGCCUUCCGCUGCAUGUACAACUGGCUGUACUGGAGCACGCACACGGCGCACGACGUGAACGACCGGCCGCUGGACCACCACACCUUCCGCAACGUGAUGCAGGAGUGCGUGCUGUCCCUGGGCAAGCAGGUCAUGUCGGUGGAGUACCUGAGCCCCGCCGCCUUCCCCUCCGAGUGCGCCACCAAGUGCGGCUGCAGGGCGGACAACCCCGUGCAGCCGGCGCCGGACGGCAGCUGCAGCAAGGACGACAUGUCCAGCUGGGUGGGCUACCUGUUCUCAUGCACCCCCAACCCGGCCGACCUGGACGCACUGCUGCUCAAGUACGGCACCAUGUACCGCAACGCAGGGAUCGUCAGCACGCGCUAGGUGGUGAAGAUGAAUGAGUGAGUGGAGAGAGAGUGGUGGUGACCCAUGGGUCAUGCAGUCAGCAGUCGGAUUCAACAAUCGUACUCCGGGGCAUGUGGCUGGUCUGCUGGUGAUUACACAUGUCGCAGUGUGGGGUUUGCCAGCACGAGCUGUCGGUGAUGGAUAGGUAUAGGGUAGAUGUGAGUGUCCGUGACCCAUGGGUCGCGUUCGGCCGUUGCUUUAAAAUUUAUGGACGGCCUGCUAAUUUCUGUGAGCAGUAACGCAUAUUGCAAUGCUGGGUUGCAGGGUAUGAAGUGAGAAUGAGAUAGGGAAUUAGGGAUUGGUUUAUGCUAGGAAGAGGAAGUAAGUCAAGAGCGCGGGGAGGGCUUUGUGUGCAAGAGAGCGCGCUUACGGACAGCACGUGAUGGGUCGCUGAUUAUGAUUUUGCCCCUUGCCCUUGCUGCAACCAACGCCGCUACGCUUGCAGCCGUCGUACGUCCUGAGCCAAUGCGUCCCUCGUGGUCCUUGUUCUAGUGAGAGCUUAUCGUUUGAUGACCACCCCGGGCUGAGCUUCAUGCUAUGCCGUAAGUGUGCGUGACCUCCACACAGUCUGAAGUAGUCCUGUAGUAGCGCAUGUGUACGGAUCCAUCUGUUUGUGAUUCUGUUGUACCUUACCAGUCAUACGGCUCCUGCCUGCUCGUACCAUUGUUUUGCUGGCCCCCGGUGGUAGCGCCCUGUCGCGAGUGCGGAACUGAAGGAUGUACGACAGCAUGCUAGGGCAACCCAUUGUGAUCAGAGCUUGUUCAGGGUUUGGGUUAUGGACCAGGAUUUGGGUCUGCCUUGUACAGCUUGCGAUGGACUUUUCUAUAUCUACAUCAAUGACUUCCUCCUCUCUAGUGGCGUGCCUAGCUACGUAUGCCAGCUGCCUGUUAUGGGAAUGCCAUGGACGAGUGGGAGCGGCAGGGAGUCGUAAAAUUCACAAUCGUGCAUGCUAGCCACCUGCCUUGAAGGCAGUCACUCAGGUGCGAGAACGGAUUCCAGGGGCGCUGUCCUCCUUGCGACUCGGGAUAAUCGGCUAGAAGGGUGUCGAAACCACGAUGACUAUGAAAAUCCGCCAUUGACA